UACAAUCAUGUCCUUCUCAAAUCCCGGUUUGCAACUUACAAGUUCCAGUUUUCAACAAAAGAGACACCCGUACUUCUUUACCAAUUCAACACACAACGAAGGCGUUCAAAUCCAAAAUCAACACGCGCCGGCUCACGCGCUACCCUUCAAUCCCCAGGCUCCGCUAAGAUGGAACAAACCACGCUGGAACAAGACCGACGACCUGAUCCGAAGGAUCCACCAGCUCACUCCCUGAACGGAAACGCGAAGAGCUCCGAGGAGGCCACCGCAGAAAAGCCACCGGUUUCGUCGGGAUCGGAAUCGAUGCGGUCGACGGAGGGAUCUGUUGAGCACGCAGCUUCUCCGGGAAGCGUCAAGAAGUCGGUGCGGUGGAGUCCUGACUUGGUGACCGAAUCAACCUUCGUGUCGAGUCCCGAGGAAUCUCGUUCCAAUCCCUACUUUUCUUCAUCUUCUUCGUUCAACGUCACGGAUAAGGUGGAAACCGUUAGGAAUGUGCUUGGCAGGUGGAGAAGGAAGGUGGGAGAAGCUUCCCGUAAGGCUGAGACUCUUGCCGGAAACACUUGGCAGCACUUAAAAACAAACCCAAGUUUCACUGAAGCUGCUGUGGGACGAAUUGCCCAGGGAACAAAGGUACUUGCAGAAGGUGGUUACGAGAAAAUUUUCCUACGUACUUUUGACACAGUUCCAGGGGAACAUCUUCAAAAUUCUUUUGCAUGUUAUCUAUCCACAUCAGCCGGACCAGUAAUGGGAAUUUUGUAUAUAUCCACUGCAAAACUUGCUUAUUGUAGUGACAAUCCUCUUUCCUAUAAAUCCGACAAUCAAACAGAAUGGAGCUAUUAUAAGGUAGUCAUCCCAUUACAUCAGCUAAAAGCGGUUAAUCCUUCGGCAAGCCGAGUCAAUCCCUCUGAAAAGUACAUCCAGGUGAUUUCUGCUGACAAUCAUGAAUUUUGGUAUAUGGGCUUCUUAAACUAUGAAGGUGCUGUUGAAUGCUUGCAAAACUUGUUUGAAGCCAGCAGAUUGCAAUCUGAAUAAUGGUCUGUCUGUAAUAUUUAGACUUUCAUUCACAUUACAUGUGCAUGUUGUUACAAGAGUAAUAGGUUGGUGGAUUCUUUUUUCUUUUAUUUUUUUUUCUUUUUGUGUAGCUGUUGAUAAAUGCAUUUGGCACCAUUCAAAGUUUUGCCAAUUUUGUUGAUGUUAUUGUUAACUAAACCACAGGUUUUGUGUCUGGAUGAGUGGAUCAUUUAAGGGGAUCGAUCCGUUAGAGUAGUUUAGAUAACUAUUUUACAAUUUUAUUUAUUAUUUUAUGGAAUUCUAAUCA